CGGUAGCCGCGUCGCCGUCGCCGGGCUCCGUCGCCCGCGGCGCUUCGCCUUCUUGGCACCUGAGACGGGCCCCCGGCGGUCAGGCUUUCUCUGUUGCAGCUGCGGGCCGCGGGUCGCGGCCAUGUCCCGAAAGCAGGCGGCGAAGGGCCGGCCAGGCAGCGGCAGCCGGAAAGCCGAGGCCGAGCGCAAGCGCGACGAGCGGGCGGCGCGCCGGGCCCUGGCCAAGGAGCGGCGGAACCGGCCGGAGUCCGGCGGCGGCGGCGGCUGCGAGGAGGAGUUCGUCAGCUUCGCCAACCAGCUGCAGGCCCUGGGGCUGAAGCUGCGGGAGUUUCAGAUGCUUCAUCAAGAUGAAUCAAAUAAAAGGGAAAAGAUCAAGAUGAAGGGCGUUGACUUGGAGGAUGACCUGAGAGAUGAAGUGGAAGACGCCGUCCAGAAAGUUUGCAACGCAACUGGAUGUUCAGAUUUUAAUUUGAUAGUCCAGAACCUGGAAGCUGAAAAUUAUAAUAUUGAAUCUGCAAUAAUUGCCAUGCUUCAGAUGAACCAGGGGAAAAGAAAUAAUGCAGAGGAGAACAUUGAGUCCAGCGGCCGAAGUCUGAAGCAGUGUGGCCCUUUAUGGGAGGAGGGCGGCAGUGGCACCAGACUCUUUGGAAAUCAGGGCUUAAAUGAAGGCAGAACUGAAAACAAUAAAGAGUGGGUCAGCCCUAGUGAAGAAAAUAAAGCAAAUAAAAACCAGCUCCCAAAGGUCACCAACAAACAGAGGCGAGAGCAGCAGCGACUGGAGAAGAAGAAGCGACAGGAGGAGCGGCACCGUCACAAAGCCCUGGAGAGCAGGAGUGGCCACAGGGACAACAACCGAAGUGAAGCGGAUGCGAACACGCAGGUCACCUUGGUGAAGACCUUUGCCGCUCUCAACAUCUGACUCUGGCCUUCUGGGAGCUGCAAGGUGCGAAUGGAAAACGGAGCGCUGUGUAGCAGGCUCUCCCCUGAGGCCGUCCUCUCACAAAAUGACAACCCACAACACUCACCCACAAGCUCACACACCGAGUUAGUCUCCUUCAAGCUGCCUCUGUUUUGCUCAAACUUUUGUUAGUGUUGUGUUUUAUUUUAUGAAAGUUCAGUGAAGCCAUUCAUGUUUUGUCAUUAAAAUAUCAAGUUCUUAGGGUUGGAUAGUUAGUUCAGACAAAACCUUUUAAGUGUGGUUUUAUUUGCCUUGAAAAUCCGAGUUCAGUGACCCUGGGAUUUUUCCUGAACACUUGGGAUGAGUUUUGCUGUAAUUGUUCAUGAAGUAGUUUAGAUGAAUCGCUAGAAAUUCAGAAUGACAGGUUUCCUUUGUUCCUCUUUCAUCUUCAAGCAGAUAUUCACAUAUGGGAUAGUUUAUAAAAUGGUUUUCAACUCAGGAACAUGUUUAGAUUUAAUUUUCUACUAAUCUAACUUCAUUAGAAAAUAAUUCAGGAAGUAUUUUUUCCAAAGUCAUAGGAUAUGAGGGUUGUGGCCUAUGGUCAGGGUGGAAAUUCAACAGCUACGUGUUUCUCCUUCCUGGUUCUGACGCUAUUUCAGGUGGGGUGCGGGUCGUGAGAGUUCGCUUGCGCUCAAGCCAUACGAUAAACACGCCGACUGGUCAUUAGGCCUGGACUUGCCUGGAGAAGUGGUGGUGGCGUUGAGGUUUUGGUACUUGUUUCUUGACAUGGAGAAGGUGGCAUAUUACUGCUUGUAAUUCUGAGCUUCUGAUCGUCGGGAGAGCAGAACCCACAGUUAUAAAGGGAGAAAUGAAGAGAUUCCUGAGUCUUUGUCUAGUGAGAGUCUAAAGAGUUACUUGAUCUUGUAGGGGCAGAGGUCUGGAAGAGUAACUAAGGCUUUUCAGGUUCACAUUCUAUGUAAUUAACUAUUUUCUUCCUUGCAGUUCUAGACUUAGAUGCCUUCAGAGAAGUAGUUUGACCUGUUGCUCUGUUUUCUUAGUGUUGUGAGAAUGGAAUCCCAUAAAAUGCUGCAUUUCUUUCUUUCUGUUCCAGCCCUGUCUGGGAUUUGGUGUUGGAAAGAUUCUUCCGCACUCAGCACUUGUCAGUGACUUAGGUUAGACCAACAGGGCAGAUGCCACGGAGUGACUCCACAGUUCGGACGUGGAUGUGGGAGGUGGAGAGGGGUCAUUCCUAAGACUGGUAGGUGGGUGUGAACUUCCAACCUGGAAUGUAUGAAGUGGACAGUCGUGGACAGUCUUGGCCUUUUGGGGACCCAGUAUUUGGCCAAAUAAAUUCUGCUGAAUCAAAAGGUAAAUUAGUUACUUCUCCACCUCAGAUUUCAAAAGUAUAACCGUUCCAAGGAGAAGGGAAAACCGUAAAAAAGUUUUGACUGAAUGGAUGUACCAUUGUCUGGGCUGGCCCUGGAUUCAUUGAAUUGCUUUUAUCAGCAGAUGAUUUGCUUUCUUCAGUUUUAAUGAUGUGUUUUAAUUUUUUUGUUCGUUGACUUCGGUGACUUUUUGUAGUUGGAGCAUCUGUCGUUUCUUGGAACUGUUCUCAGGCUGUUGGUUUGGGGUCCUUCCUGGUAGCGUGCUUUGUAAUAGUGGAUUUGGAAAGUGCAGAACAUGUUCUCUUGGCACGUUGUGGAGUCCUGAGUCGGAGGCCCUAGUACUCAGUUCCUGCAGGUGCAGGGUCUCCGUUGCCUUACUGUUUCCAAGGCAGUGAGAUCCAGUGCUUAAGGAUUGGUCAUUCUCUUGGCUUUUGACUCUGGACACUUUCCUGACUGUGGCUGGUCUUUUCUGAGUGAACACUCUUUCUUGUCUGUCUGGUAGGAUGAGAGGGCAGGAGACCAGAUGCUCUCAGGAAGGUCAAGGUUGUGUAUCAGAAACAGCAGAAUUAGGAGUCAGAAAUAGCGUAAGGGAUACCCCUUGUCAGGAGCAAUAGAAUUGCUUUAUUGACCUGGUUAAUGGAGGUGGCCUUGGGCCCUGUUGGGUUUUAGAAGUUUAACUAGAAGCUGCUAAAAUGUUAUUAAAGAAUAUUGUGCACACUUGUUAACAAAUUACCAAAUUCUGAUAAUAGACCAGCAUUUCUGGGGUAAAAUAACAGUGGUUUUAAAAA